AUGCGGAUAGAUAUCAAGCGCAAGUUGUUGUCGCGUUCAGACCGCGUAAAGAGCGUCGACCUUCAUCCUACCGAACCAUGGGUUCUUGCCAGCUUGUACAACGGCCACGUUUAUAUCUACAACUAUGAAACUCAAGCAUUGGUCAAGACAUUCGAAGUGACAGAAACGCCUGUGCGAGCCGCCAAGUUUAUUGCACGCAAGAAUUGGAUCGUUACUGGAUCGGAUGAUUCGCAAAUUCGCGUCUUCAACUACAACACGCACGAAAAGGUGGCAAGCUUUGAAGGUCACCCUGACUACAUUCGUUGCUUGGCAGUUCAUCCAACACAGCCUCUUGUUUUAUCCGGAUCCGAUGACAUGACGAUUCGCUUGUGGGAUUGGGAAAAGGGAUGGAAAUGUGUGCAGAUCUUCGAGGGCCAUUCGCAUUUUGUCAUGCAUUUGACUUUCAAUCCCAAGGAUUCCAACACGUUCGCUUCCGCUGGUCUUGAUGGUGUUAUCAAGGUGUGGUCUCUUGGAUCCAACGUACCCAACUUUACUCUUGAGGGCCAUGAAAAGGGUGUCAACUAUGUCGAUUACUAUCAUGGUGGUGAUAAGCCAUAUUUGAUCUCGUGUGCUGAUGACAAUCUUGUGAAGGUUUGGGAUUACCAAAACAAGAAUUGCGUUCAAACGCUCGAAGGACACAGCCAAAAUGUCAACUUUGCAUCAUUCCAUCCCGAAUUACCCAUCAUCAUGUCUGGAUCAGAGGACGGCACUGUUCGUAUUUGGAAUUCGGAUACCUAUCGCCUUGAAAACAGUCUCAACUAUGGCUUGGAGCGUGCAUGGUGUAUCGCCUAUCAGAAAGGUGGCAACAACGUAGCCUUGGGUUUCGAUGAAGGUUCAGUUGUGAUCAAGCUUGGUCGUGAGGAACCAGCCGUAUCGAUGGAUGCUUCUGGAAAGAUCAUUUGGGCAAAGCACUCGGAAAUCCAGACAGCUAAUAUCAAGGCUGGUGUGGAUGAGAAUAUCAAAGAUGGUGAUCGUAUGGCUCUACCAAUCAAGGAUCUUGGCAGCUGUGAAGUCUAUCCACAAACGCUUCAACACUCGCCCAAUGGUCGUUUUGUCGUGGUGUGUGGAGACGGCGAGUAUAUCAUCUAUACGGCAUUGGCAUGGAGAAACAAGAGCUUUGGCAGCGGUCUAGGCUUUGUAUGGGCCGCGGAUUCGAAUGUGUAUGCUGUGCGUGAAUCGACAUCGCGUGUCAAGAUUUUCAAAAACUUUAAGGAGCGUGCUGGCCUACUUCCUAAGCUCAACUAUGCUGCUGAAGGUAUCUUUGGUGGUGCCUUACUCGGUGUGCGCUCGAAUGGCUUCUUGAACUUUUAUGAUUGGGAAACGGGAGCCGUCGUAAGAAGAAUCGAUGUCGACGCCAAGAACGUUUUCUGGUCGGAUGCUGGUGAUCUUGUCGCCAUCAUUUGUGACGAAUCCUUUUACAUUUUGCGAUACAACGCCCAGGCUUAUGCUCAAUUCCUUGAAAGUGGCGGUGAUCCUGGUGUCGAAGGUGUUGAAGAAGCAUUUGAAUUUGUCAAUGAUAUCACCGAGAGUGUGCGAACAGGAACAUGGGCUGGUGAUUGCUUCAUCUACACUAACAAUGCCAACCGACUCAAUUAUCUUGUGGGUGAUGUGACUUAUACCAUCAGUCAUUUCGACAAGCCAAUGUAUCUCCUCGGCUAUUCACCUCGUGACAAUCGAGUGUACCUUGCAGAUAGGGAUGUCAAUAUCUUCAGCUAUGCAUUAUCCCUCACAGUGAUCCAAUAUCAAACUGCCGUUUUGCGUGGUGAUCUCGAAUCAGCAGCCAGCCUUCUCCCAUCUAUUCCCUCCGAUCAACGUGGACGUAUUGCACGUUUCCUUGAAUCACAAGACCUUAAAGAAUUGGCUUUGGAAGUAUCCACUGAUGCAGAGCAGAAGUUUGAUCUUGCCAUUCAACUUGGAAAAUUGGAUAUCGCUACAGAACUUGCACGUGAAUUGGAUAGCGAAGCAAGGUGGCGUAACCUUGGAGACGUUGCAUUGUCCAACUGGAAGUUUGAUUUGGCAGAGGAAUGCCUUCAAAAGGCUAAGGAUUUGAGCGGUCUACUUUUGUUCUACUCAUCAAGCAACAAUCGAGAUGGCAUGCGUAAGGUUGCCGACGAAGCUUUGGCCAAAGGAAAGAACAACAUUGCAUUUACAGCCUUGUUCCAGCUUGGUGCUGUAGAUGAGGUUAUUCAAUUGCUUAUCAAGACCGAGCGUCUACCUGAAGCUGCCAUGUUGGCUAGAACAUAUGCACCAGAUAGCAUGUCAUCCGUUCUCAAACUCUGGAAAGCCGAUCUCGAGAAGCGAAACCGUAAAAAGACGGCAGAGAGCCUUGCUGAUCCAGCAGAGUAUCCCAAUCUCUUUGCAGAGUUGCAAAAGACUCAAGAACCACCACAAGAUCUGUUAUAA